UCUUACACUUCUGUCGCUAUUCCACGGUAAAUUUAAAAAUGGCAGCCCUCAAAGAUGUUGCCUCCUUGUAUCAGAAUUUAAAACGUGAAUGGACAAAAAAACCUUGCAAUUUGAAGAAAUGUAGCGAGUUACUCAAUCAAUUAAAGGUUGGUCUUACUCAUUUGAUGUUUCUUCCAACAUCAAACAGCACAGCUAGUCAAAAUGAAUUAUUGAUUGCCCGAGAUAUAUUAGAAAUUGGGGCCCAAUGGAGCAUUGCCACUGAAGAUAUACCUUCUUUCGAACGGUACAUGGCGCAGCUGAAAUGUUACUAUUUUGAUUACAAGUCUGGCCUGAUAGAAUCGGCUUACAAAUAUCAACUUCUCGGUUUAAAUCUUUUGUUUCUGCUAUCGCAAAAUCGGGUUGCCGAAUUUCACACGGAGUUGGAACUUCUGCCAUCCGAUCAAAUACAGUCGAAUGUCUAUAUAAGACAUCCUCUCAGUCUGGAGCAAUAUUUGAUGGAGGGUUCUUACAACAAGAUUUUUCUGGCCAAGGGCAAUGUACCUGCCGCCUCUUACAACUUCUUCAUAGAUAUUUUAUUAAAUACUGUACGCGAUGAGAUUGGCGCGUGUAUGGAAAGCGCCUACGAAAAGAUAUCUGUGCAAGAUGCAGCGAGGAUGCUCAACCUAAGCACAGAGAAAGAUAUAAAAGCGUAUGCCGCCAAAAAGAACUGGAAUCUUUCUAAGGACGGUUAUUUCUACUUUACCACUACUAGCGAAAAGAAAUCGGAAGAGCCUAUCCCGAGCUCUGAAUUAGCUGCGCUCGCGAUAGACUACGCGCGAGAAUUGGAAAUGAUUGUGUAACAUUUUAUAUAUGCAUAUCUCUGUGUGUGUAUAUUUUAUAUCUAAAUAAAUAUUAACGAUAUUACACUC